CUGCUAUAUAGCUGCAGUUUCCGCGUCCCCUUUAUCGCAUACACACUCGCACAGACCAACAAACACAUACACACAAAAAUAUAUACGCGACUACUAUAUGUAUGUAUAUAUAGAUAAUUUUUUUCGUAUUCUCUUUCUAUUCCUUUCUUUCCAUUUCUCCGGCUGUUCGAUCGAAUUCGCCUUGCCCGCACACGCGCGCGCGCCGGCUCGUUCAGUCAGUGUCCAUUCCGCAACCGGUACUGCCGACACGAUAUUCGCCAAUAAAUAAAGUCGAAGCCGCUCUAAACUGUGCUGCGUGUGCCGUUCGCGUAAACUCCUCCUGCCGUGUGUUCAGCCGGUCAACUCGAUUAAUACGCGUCAUUGUUCGAUAUUUUCAUCCGAAACCUGACCAUACCAGCGGCUAUAUAUUGAGUACGAGUAACUGCCCAACAACGAUGAGAGCUGCAAAAAAAACUAAAUCGUAUUGUAAUAGAUAACUACCAUUAAUACAACAGCUGUGUGUGUGCCUACACCUACCUACGUUAGACGGAUAGCAAAAAAGUUUUUGCAUGUACAUAGCAUUGUAUCCAUCACGAAUAGACCUGCCAACUACGUAUAUAUAUCAGAUUAAUGUCAAGAAAGUAAAUCUAUAUCAUAAGUAAUAGGAAUGAUAUACUUUGGGAAAUCGUCUCUGUGGACCGCGUUGUUACUGUUGAUGUGGUUUGAGAACAAUGUCACCGGCGCAGAUGACACAAACAAUUAUAAUGGUAAGUCUGAAGAGAAGAACACGCCUCAUUCACGGCAGAAACGUCUACUGUGGAUCACUACGGAUGGUCGCCUGGCCCUGCCACCCGGUACCAGACUUACGAUAACGCCAUCGCUGUCCCUACCGUUCGUCAGGUACCCGCCAGACGGGUUCCUGUCCAACAUGAGUAUCAGCUUGCCGUUUACAAUCGACUUCGAUGGCUUGGGACUGACUGAUAAUCAGAAUCCGUUUGGUGCCUUUCCGCCAAUAUUAGCCAGAAGCAUGGGCAGGCAAAUGGGCUCAGUACUUGCCGACUAUGUGUCUCAACUUAUGGACGGCCGCAGAUCCACUAGAUCUGUUCCAACGUUACCCAAACCAAUACACUCGUAUUUCCAAGGAGGUGAAAGAGCUCUGCUGUUCACCGUCGUCGAAGACCUGUUAACGAACUUCGGGAUGGACGGCAAAGCAUGUCUGCUCCGAGCCAUAUGUGAAGUUCACGGGCAUAAGUCCAUACACAAAUUUGGUUUCAUCGGUGAAUUUCUUCAGCUAUUCCUCACGGCUAGUAGAUCGACGUACGCUGAUUUAAUGAAGGACUACGUGACUGCCGAAACCGUUGGCAAACACAGCAAAGAAUGUUACCCUUAUUUUAAGGAAUGUCCAAAGUCGUUGUUCACCAACAAUCAUAACUAUUCGAAAAACGACCUGUCGCCCGACGACGAAGACGAAGACGGCGAAUCGGUGUCGGCUGACGAUGAAGACGGCAACGAUAUCGACGACGACCCGAGGAAGACGUCGUCCGCGGCGAGCGGUGGAUCAAAAGUGACGGUGAAUCCGGCACCGUUGGCCAUGUGACCCGGUUGAACGCAAUCAACCGGGUGAAUUUAUCACUCUCCGCCGCGCGCAAUGAUCGUUGAAUAAUCGUCUCCCGAACGAAUUUCGUUUGUAUUUAAGUGUGUACCUACACGUCCAUUUGUGUGUCUAUAUGUGUGUACGUGUCCAGACUUUCCUGUCGGAUUCAAUCUUAUUCUAUUUUUUUUAGCUUUUUUCGCUUUUCAUCCACACCCACCCAAUGUCCAACAACCACCCGUCUCGUUACUCCCUAGCCUUAUAUAUUAAAUAGUCCGCCGAGACUUAUAUUAUAUAGUCUCUUCUUCUCGGUCAGGUUCUGCGCAAUUGAGUGUCUAUAUAUAUUAUAUAUAUCGCACUCGUCGUGACACGAUUUUUCGGGACAUUAUACGGAGUUGUCCACGAAAUCUCCGCGUCGACUCACGGACAAGGUCUUAUUCAACUGGCACCCAUAUACAUAUACCGUUAAAAUCGUCCACCCGAAAAAAAACUAUAAUGUCGCAAAACAAUCACAAUAGAAAAAUGACAAAAUGACAUCAAGAAAUUUAGAUCCCCGAGUUCGACAUAUAUAUUCUUAUGUAUAUACGCGACAUUAUAAUAUACAGGAUAUUUCACCAAGAAUGCUCAUCUUCCUCACUAUUUUGUAUUUAAUAAUAAAACUAUUUAAAUUCUGAUUUUUUAAUUUUUAAAUGUAUUCUAAGGCUAUUUGUGCUACUUAUAGUGUCCUAUACAGACACAAACAUCUAUAUUGCAAAUUAAUGCACCCCCUCAUCUAGUGUAAAUUAUUUCUGAGAAACUACUCGAUCGACUUUUUAAUUAAAUAUACCUAAAUUUAAAAAAAUACCCACUAUCAUUAUUUAAGUAAAAAAUAGGGAUGAGCAUUUUUGGUGCAUCACCCUCUAUAGUACACUGCAACACACACAUUAUAUUGUAUAACACUGUAGAAUAUAGGUUCUUUUUGAAUUCGGGAGAUGCAUUUGUCAACGAUACCGCCGCUGCUCAGUGCGUAUCAUUAUUUAUUUAUAAUAUUAUAUUAUAUAAUAAACAUAUUAAAAUAUCAUAAUUAUUAUUAAUUUACACAGUUAUAUAUUAUUAUUCACCGAAACGUAACAAAAAGAGGACUUUUUCAAACAUAUUUUUCUCUUUUUGUUUCGUUUCGGACCAUAUUAUAUUAUAUAUACAUAUACAUAUUAUAGUAUAUAAUAUCAUCAUUCAUAUGUAUUUAAAAUAUAAACAAACACAAAGAAAUGUAUAGCUGUAGUCUUAGAAUGUAAUAGCAGUAACAUCAGUAGUCUUAAUAGCGUAGUUGCUUUGUAUAGUUGUACCUACCUAGUAAUUUAGUAUUUGAGUAAACGCGUAUAACAUGGAUACGCGUAGGUAGGUCUCGUAUACGUCAUAUUAUAGUAUAGUAUAUUUUUAUGUUGUAUUCUCAAAUGUAGCUUAUAGGUUGUGCCAUCGUUCAUUUAGUUUAAUUUCAUAAUCAACCUAUUAUAAUUAUUAUUAAUAUUUAUUUAUUUAUUUAUUUUUCAAACGUGUUGUAUUCUAUCAUUUUAUUAUACCUAUACCUAAUAUAAUAUAUUUUAUUAUUUAUAUUAACCCAACCGUUGUAGAUAAGUAGACUAUUUAUUAUUAUGAUGUACCUACGCAAAUUAUAUAAUAAUAUUAUUAUUAUUUUAAUGUCAUAAAAUUGUGCUGUUAUUUAAAAUACUAUACC